AUGGAUAAAUUUGACAUGAUUAAAAUCAUUGGGGAAGGUGCCUUUGGAAAAGCAUACUUGGCUAAAGAAAAAUUGGAUAGCAAGCACUGUGUCAUAAAAGAGAUCAAUUUUGCAAAGAUGCCUAUCCAAGACAAAGAAGCUUCAAAGAAAGAAGUGAUUCUUUUGGCYAAGAUGAAACAUCCCAACAUUGUAACCUUCUUUAGUUCAUUUCAAGAAAACAGCAGAUUAUUUAUCGUAAUGGAAUAUUGUGAUGGAGGGGAUCUUGCAAAAAGGAUCCUCAGGCAGCGGGGAGUGCUAUUUAGUGAAGAUCAGAUCCUGGGUUGGUUUGUACAGAUUUCUCUUGGACUAAAACAUAUUCACGACAGGAAGAUAUUACACAGGGACAUAAAAUCACAGAACAUUUUCCUUAGCAAGAAUGGAAUGGUUGCAAAACUUGGGGACUUUGGUAUAGCAAGAGUCCUGAAUAAUUCCAUGGAACUUGCCCGGACUUGUGUUGGAACACCUUACUACCUGUCCCCAGAGAUCUGUCAGAGUAAACCGUACAACAAUAAAACGGAUAUUUGGUCCCUUGGCUGUGUCUUAUAUGAGCUCUGCACACUCAAGCAUCCAUUCGAGGGCAGCAACCUGCACCAGCUGGUUCUGAAGAUUUGUCAAGCGCAUUUUGCCCCCAUAUCACCCAGGUUUUCUCGUGACCUGCGGUCCUUGAUCCCUCAGCUCUUUAAAGUUUCUCCUCGGGAUCGACCAUCUAUUAAUUCCAUCUUGAAAAGGCCCUUUUUAGAGAAUCUGAUUGCCAAAUACUUGACCCCUGAGGUGAGAAGAAUUCAAUCAUAUGCUCAGAUACAGAGCAAAAUCAUCUGCCUCCCCACCUGCUGGAAAGAUGGUCCAGGGCCUGCUGAGUAUCUUCAAAGGAAAAUUGAAGCUCAACAAUAUAAGUUAAAAGUGGAAAAGCAAUUGGGUCUUCGUCCAUCUUCUGCUGAGCCAAAUCACAACCAGAGACAAGAGAUUAGAAGGCGUGGAGAAAAGCCUCAAUUCCAGGAGCUGCAGUUUAGAAAAAACGAAAUGAAGGACCAGGAAUAUUGGAAACAGUUAGAGGAAAUACGCCAACAAUACCACAGUGACAUGAAGGAAAUUAGAAGGAAGAUGGAAAGAGAGCGGGAGAGAGGAGUGAAGUUUGAAAUUAAUUUAGACAAAUGUAUUUCUGAUGAAAACCCCCUCCAAGAGGAAAAGGCAACGGACAUACUAAAUGAAACUUUGACCUUUGAGGACGGCAUGAAGUUUAAGGAACAUAAAAGUAUAAAGGAGCACGAAGAUUACACAGACAAAGCCUUUGAAGAACUCUGUGGCCCAGAAGCAGAGUUUUUCACUCUGAAUGUCGCUGCCACAGAAAACAGGAGGCAGUGGGAUACCAGAGUGCCUCAGACUCUGAUACAAAUGAUGGCAGCUGCUGAUAUCACCUCCACGUGCUCCACUGUGCCUGAAGAUGGCCAAGUUAUUGUGACUGAAGGUGCUUCAGAAAAUAGGAAGCAGUGGCAGCAGGAAGCACCAGGGACUUUAAUGGAUGCUUUGGCAGCAGCACCUCUUACAAGCAGCUCAUUUUCUGCCAAUGAAGGAGAGCCUGGAACAUUAAAACAAUGGCUUCCUAAAGAAGAAGAGGGGAAGGUGGGAAUGUCCUCUGGCAUUGAAGUAGAUGAGGAACAACUGGAACCAGGCUCUGAUGAUGAUACAAAUUUUGAAGAGUCUGAAGAUGAGUUGAGAAACGAAGUAGUAGAAUCCCUAGAAAAACUCACUACUUCCAAAGAAGUAAAAAGGGAAGAGGUUUCCAGUUCCUUUAAGGAUGUUGAAAAACCAGGAGAAAGAGAAAGGAUUAGCAUGCUGAAAUCUGAAGAAUUAAAUGAAGGUUUGGAGGCUGUUUCUAGUCCAACUAAUGACUGAAUUUGCAUUAUUGAUGAAGACAAAGGAACA